UCUUUUCGUUUUAGGGUUUAUCUCCAUUUUCUCAGCUUCACAGUUUUCCCUCCCUCAAUUGGUCCCGUCAAAGUUUUCGAUUUGUCGAAUUGAAUAUUCAUGGGUUUGCUUGAUUGUUCUCCUUUUACUUCAUCUUCUUCUUCAAUUUGCAUAAACAAUACUAAUAAUCGCAUUCUUCUUCAUUCUUCUUCGAUCCAACUUCAAAGGAAAGUGAUUCCAAUGGCUUUAACCACUAAACAAGUCAACGAGGUUCAAGAUGUGUUGACUGGUGAUUCCUUUAUCCGACCUCAUCUCAGAAAUUUGUCUCCUUAUCAACCAAUUUUGCCUUUUGAGGUCUUGUCAACUCAACUUGGAAGAAAGCCUGAGGAUAUUAUCAAACUAGAUGCAAAUGAAAAUCCUUAUGGUCCUCCUCCUCAGGUGGUUGAAGCUUUGGGGAAAAUGAAAUUUGCUCAUAUUUACCCUGAUCCUCAAAAUCGCCGCUUACGUGAUGCCCUUGCCAAAGAUUCUGGUGUUGAGUCUGAGUAUAUUCUUGUAGGAUGUGGUGCAGAUGAGCUUAUCGAUUUAAUCAUGCGCUGUGUGCUUGACCCUGGUGAUAAGAUUGUGGACUGUCCUCCUACAUUUACAAUGUAUGAAUUUGAUGCAGCUGUAAAUGGAGCUUUGGUCAUCAAGGUACCCAGGAAAUCAGACUUUAGCUUGAAUGUGGAACAAAUUACUGAAGUUGUUCGUCAGGAGAAUCCAAAGUGCAUAUUCCUAACCUCUCCUAACAAUCCAGAUGGAAGUGUGAUCAACGAUGAAGAUCUUUUGAAGAUUCUUGACCUGCCUGUUUUGGUUGUACUGGAUGAAGCAUACAUUGAAUUUUCUGGAAUAGAAUCUAAGAUGGCUUGGGUGAAGAAGUAUGAGAAUUUAAUUGUGCUCCGGACAUUUAGCAAAAGAGCCGGUUUAGCAGGAUUACGUGUGGGAUAUGGUGCAUUUCCUCUAAGCAUUGUCGAGUACCUUUGGAGAGCCAAGCAGCCUUACAAUGUGUCUGUUGCUGCUGAGAUCGGUGCAUGCGUGGCAUUGGAAAAUCCUGAGUAUCUAGAGAGAGUAAAAAACGCUCUGGUGCAAGAAAGGGAUCGAUUAUAUUCACUACUGAAGGAAGUCCCUUUCUUGAAUCCAUAUCCCAGCUAUUCAAACUUCAUUUUAUGUGAGGUUACAUCAGGGAAGGAUCCUAAGAAGCUAAAGGAGGAACUUGCAAAAAUGGGUGUAAUGAUUCGACACUACAGUAACAAAGAACUAAAAGCCUAUGUAAGGGUUUCUGUUGGGAAGCCUGAGCACACGGAUUUCUUAAUGGAAUGUCUCAAGGUUUUGACGUGAAAUUAUAAUUAUUUCCUGAUGAAUUCAACAUGAGUUCAGGCAAUUGCUGGCCUUUUCCAUCAAAAGUGAAAUAGAGAUCAACCUCUAAUGGGUUAGACAAAAUCUGGCAAAGAGUUAAGUGACUACAGCUUGCAUCCUGAACCUGAAUUGCAAAAGAUUGUUUAAAGUUCAAUUUUUUAAUAUAAACUUAUUGAUUAGCAAGAAUUCUGUAGUUGAAGCCUUGUUGUACUAACAAAUUCGAGAUACGAGUUAAUUUCUCUUAGAUACCCUCGAAAAUAUGAGUAAUCAAGGUAAUGUCUCCAGAUCUGAACCCUAGGCAAUAUGCUUAAUAGAGAACUUGAUUUUGUGUAAAA